AUCAUCUACCUCAUGUCUGCACUCAUUGUAAAAGGACAACAUAUGAGGUUGGUCUUUUUUGCAGAACGUUACAAGACUUCUUUCGUUCUCUUGCAAGCCACAGAAAUAGCUUUCUAUUUUGCUGCUAUAUUUAUUCAUAUAGCUAAACCUCCCGGACAAGUAGCACAGAGAAGGAGAGAGAGAUGCCGGAAUAUUGUGUAACGGGUGGAACAGGGUUCAUAGCAGCCUACCUGGUGAAGUGCCUGCUAGAAAAAGGCCACACUGUAAGGACUACCGUGCGAGAUCCAGGAGAUGCUGCCAAAGUCGGCUUUCUUAGAGAGUUCAAAGGAGCCAAGGAGAGAUUAAAGAUAUUCAAAGCCGAUUUGUUGGUGGAAGGAAGCUUCGAUGAGUCAAUCCAAGGCGUCGAUGGAGUCUUCCACACUGCAUCACCGGUUCUCGUUCCUUAUGAUGAUAAUAUUCAGGAAACUUUGAUCGAUCCAUGUAUUAAGGGAACCUUGAAUGUGCUGAACUCCUGCAGCAAAGCUAGUAGUGUGAAACGAGUUGUGCUCACAUCUUCCUGCUCUUCAAUAAGAUACCGAUAUGAUGUCCAGCAAGUUUGCCCCCUCAACGAGUCACACUGGAGCGAUACUGACUACUGCAAAAACUACAACCUCUGGUACGCUUACGCAAAGACCAUAGGGGAGAAAGAGGCAUGGAGAAUCGUCAAGGAAAAAGGGAUUGAUCUAGUGGUGGUGAACCCCUCGUUCGUUGUUGGUCCAUUGCUUGCCCCACAACCCACCAGUACCCUGCUCCUUAUACUUUCCAUUGUUAAAGGUCUGCGAGGCGAAUAUCCAAACACAACAGUGGGUUUUGUGCACAUAGAUGAUGUUAUUGCUGCUCAUAUUUUAGCAAUGGAGGAUAGCAGAGCAUCAGGCAGGCUAAUUUGCUCAAGCUCAGUAGCUCACAUGUCAGAGAUAGUUGAGAUGCUUAGGGCCAAAUAUCCCUCUUAUCCAUACGAGAACAACUGCAGCAGCAAGGAAGGAGACAACAACCCACAUAGCAUGGACACCACAAAGAUUGCUCAAUUAGGAUUUCCUGCGUUCAAAACGCUACAACAGAUGUUUGAUGAGUGCAUCAAGAGUUUCCAAGACAAGGGGUUUCUUUAAAACCCACUUUUUAUGCCUGAAGGUUCAUCACGUAUGCUCCUUUUCCUUGCUGUUGGAAAAAAAACAAGAAACUAAUAAUAAUAAUACUUAGUGUUUGCUCA